CGAUUGAAAACAUCGACUCCGGUAUCCUGUCCUGUAAAUAGUUCAACCAACUCGCUUUUCUCGAGGUCACUGUCCUGGUUCAUUGGCUGGCCUUUGUGUGAAAAGGGAGAUGGUGACAGGCACUACUUAAAACACUUGGUCAUGCCCGUGAGGAAAAAAGGACCUCUCCAGCGUAGGAAAUUGCCCCCCCCUCGGUUCUACGUUACACUACGGUAUUUCUUCCUUCCGCUCUCAGUGGCAGGAUGUUCGUUUCCUACGAUGGCUCCGCGUGCCCUGAUUUCAAGGGCUUUAUGCUCCUUAUGUGAACAAUACCACAAGAUUUCUUUGCAAAAUCAAUUACAAAAGACACUGGUCUGAAUAUGUGAAUGCUGUGAGGAAUUAAUUCACAAUAAAUGCAGCCAGCUGUAUCAGUGGGGAAUGUUGGCCAGCUGGCUGUAGAUUUGGUCAUUUCCACACUUGGCAUGUCCAAAGUCGGUUACUUUUAUACUGAUUGUCUUGUGCCAAUGGUUGGAAAUAAUCCAUAUGCAACAACAGAAGAGAAUGCAACAGAACUGUGUAUAAAUGCUGAAGUGUAUGCAGUACCUUCUAAACAACUGGCCGUUCUACAGAUCAGAUCACCAUUCAUAAAGAAUAAAUAUAGGCCCUUUUGUCAAACACUACUAUCCUGGGUGAAAAGCUGCGGAUUUGCCAAAGUCGUUCUUCUAUCCAGCAGUCAUGCUUACCAGCGUAAUGAUCAACAGCUUUGUGGUACCUCACUGCGAUACUUGCUUUCACCUGCUGUUGAGAAAACAGUUGGAGAUCAAAUGCAGAGACUGAACAGAAGAGAACUAGAGCAAAUAGUAACUUUCCCUGGAGUAAAUGAUGAUAAAACGUUCCAAGUUCCAGGAGGUGGUAUCACAAGAUUAUUGUUCACUGAAAGUUGUUCAAAAGGUAUUCCAAUUAUAGUUUUGCUGAAGUUCUGUUCAGAGGGGGACAAUAUCCCUGAUGCCCUUGCUCUUUCUGACUAUCUUAAUGAAUGGCUCCAACUAACUGCAAACCAGGAAAGCAGCUGUUCUCUAGCUAAAUCUUCCAGAUGGAAAAUACCGAGUUCCUGGAAAUUACUCUUCGGGAGUGGACUUCCACCUACAUUGUUUUAAAUUCCCCUGUUGCUUUAUUUAUAGACCACUUGUACACAAUUUAGAUUUUCUGCUUUGGAUUCUGAUGUGAGUAGUAACAACUGUGCAUAACCUUGUAUGAAACUGAAUGGCUGCAACUUUCUGCCAGAUACUUUAAUAUGCUGUGGAUAACUAAAGAAAUUUGUGCCAUAAAACUAUACAAAAGAACUACUUUCCCCACAAUUAAUCAGUAAUUUGUUAGCUUUUCGGUUUAACUUAACUAUUGAAACAUUCCAGGCCUUCUUUCAUUUUUAUUCAGAUACUUAAAUUUUCUGGUCUACUCAAUGCAAUUAGGAAAAAUCCAGAUAAUAGUUACACACACACUUAGUUUGAAAAAGUAUACCACUUCCUGAUCCUUGGAAUGUUAACAUGUGAUAUGCAACACCUGUAGAAAAGAUGGGUUUAUUGGAAAUGAUGGCAGGGAAAACCAUCAAAAUGUGUGGUAAUCUUGUAAAUAUAGUACUACUACUGCAGACUAAAAAGAUCAUAGGCCAUCGUACUUAACUUAUACUCAAAACUCAGUCUUGUUGCUUGGAGGUUAGAACAGUGAUGAAUCUUUUGAAUAAAAAAUCUGUGUAUACAUAUACACAUACACCCUAGAGAUGCAAUGCUGAAUAGCCUAAAAACCAGAAAAAUGCUUAAGAGGCCUACACUGAGUAACAUUUGUCUUUAAUGUCCAAUACUUUUGUGUCCAAAGCUAACUCCUCUUUUAACAGCUCAAGGUAUUAACUUCCUUGAAUAUUCAGCUCCCUUUCUGCGUUACGUAGAUGUUGAUAAACAAGAUGGUACUUUUCAAGCUUAGACCAAAGUAGUCAUUCCUCUACUUCCAAUUUUCAGAAGCAAGUGCUGUUGCUUAUGUAGCAAUACAGCAUCAUCCAUGCUCAAAGUAGCAGUGGGCUUCAGUAACAUCAGGUGUACUGUAACACAUUUUUUAGGAAAAUGAAGAUUGAGCAUGAUGUUGCAGGCCCCAUUUCUUUAUAUAUGAAAGUUAUUUCUCUUGGUGAUGCAUCAGAGUAGACCAUUAAAUUUUACCCCCUCAGGCUUUGGAUCAUAGAGGGGGUGAAUACUGAUGUCAAUUUUUUUGCAUGUUUUCAUUCCAGAAAACUCAAACAUGAAAAAAAUUAAAUCAGCUUUCAAAAAUCUGUUUUGGAAACAGACAAACAACUUUC